UGGAGCGAUAUUGUUAUCUAAGGAGAAAAUGGAAGAUUUACAAAUAACGAACGAUCUGAAGGUCUUCAGCGGUGCGCGGUGUAGGCGGGUUUACGUGCACGGGUUCCGACAGCCCUGAACGCAUCAUAGAGUUCCAAGGCGAAAGCAAAGCAGCGGCAUCAAGCUGCCAGUCGGACAGUAUCGUCGCUCUCCUCCUCCGGACACAAAGAGGUCAGGGGACAUUUGACAGCUCCGUGCCCCACAGGGGGUUGAUAUGAUGGAGACACCGGGGAGGAUAGCAAAUACACAGGACGCCUUGGACUUCACCGUGGAGAACGUUGAAAAGGCACUCCACCAACUGUACUAUGAUCCCAAUAUCGACAACAAGAAUCUCGCUCAAAAGUGGCUUAUGCAAGCCCAGGUGUCUCCUCAGGCCUGGCAGUUUUGCUGGGCUCUGCUCAGCCCAGACAAGGUGCCGGAAAUCCAGUAUUUCGGCGCCAGCGCGCUCCACACCAAAAUCUCUCGCUACUGGUCGGAUAUCCCUAGCGACCAGUAUGAGUCGCUGAAAAGCCAGCUGUUUUCGCAGAUCGCCUGCUUCUCCUCAGGCGCCAAGAUGGUGCUGACGCGGCUGUGCGUGGCACUGGCGUCGCUGGCUCUCAACACCAUGCCCGAGGCCUGGCCCGGCGCCGUGGCCGAGAUGGUGCGGGUGUUCCAGGAAGAGGGCGCAGGCAUUGACGGGCGGGCGCGUUGCCUGGCACUGCUGGAGCUCCUCACUGUCCUUCCAGAGGAGUUCCAGACCAGCCGGUUGCCGCAGUACAGAAAGGGACAGGUUCGGGGUGCCCUAGGCCGGGAGUGGGGCUCCGUGUGCCCGCUGCUGCAGCAACUGUUGCGCCGGACAGACAGCCCCGGCGCAGUGAAGGCCCGCGUACUACGCUGCCUGUCGUCUUGGGUGCUGCUGGAUGUGCCGCUCAGCGAGAGCGAAGAUCUGGUGCACGACUGCUUUGUUGCCCUGUCUGACCCUGAGCUCUUCGACACCGCUGUGGAGGCGCUGGUCAAUGCCAUCUCACAGCUAGACUCCCAAAGGUACGUGAACACGUUGCUGAAGCUAGUCCCUCCAGUGCUGGCUCUCCAGGACCAGCUCAGAGAGGCCGUCCAGAGCGGCGACAUGGAGACUUGUCACGGCAUUUGCCGCGUUGCUGUUACGUUGGGAGAGAACCACUCCAGGAUUCUGCUGGACCAGGUGGAUCACUGGCAGAGCUUCCUUGCUUUAGUCAACAUGAUCAUGUUUUGCACAGGCAUCCCCGGCCACUACCCAGUUAACGAGACCACCAGCUCGCUCACACUGACCUUCUGGUACACGCUACAAGAUGAUAUCAUGUUAUUUGAGACAAACAAGCAAGCAGUGUACCUGCAAGUGUACAGGCCAGUGUAUUUCCAGCUUGUGGACGUUCUGCUCCACAAAGCCCAGUUCCCCUCGGACCAAGAGUACGCAUCGUGGACCUCGGAUGAAAAAGAGCAGUUCCGUAUCUACAGGGUGGACAUCUCUGACACGCUCAUGUUUGUCUACGAGAUGCUGGGUGCUGAGCUGCUGAGUAAUCUCUAUGACAAACUGGGUCGACUCUUGACAAAUACAGAGCAGCCCACGUCGUGGCAGCACACAGAGGCUUUGCUGUACGGUUUCCAGUCCAUUGCGGAGACGAUAGACGUCAAUUACUCUGACGUCAUUCCGGGCCUCAUAGGCCUCAUCCCCAGAAUCAGCAUCAACAAUGUUCAGCUGGCUGACACAGUGAUGUUCACUAUUGGUGCUCUGGCUGAGUGGUUGGCCGACCACCCGGUGAUGCUGAGUAGCGUCCUGCCCCUGGUCCUACAGGCUCUGGGUAACCCGGACCUUUCCAUCUCAUCCGUUUCUACACUAAAGAAGAUCUGCCGCGAGUGCAAAAGUGACCUGCCGCCUUAUGCCAACAACAUAGUAGCCGUAUCUCAGGAGGUUCUAAUAAAGCAGAUCCACAAGACGAGUCAGUGCAUGUGGCUGAUGCAGGCAUUGGGCUUCCUCCUUUCUGCGCUACCUGUGGAGGACAUUCUGAGGAAUCUUCACUCUCUAAUCACGCCUUACAUCCAGCAACUGGAGAAGCUGGCGGAGGAGACGCCUAAUCCGUCCAAUAAAUUAGCUAUCAUCCACAUCUUGGGGCUGCUGUCCAACUUGUUCACCACGCUAGACAUCAGCAAACAGGAUGAAGAAUCGGAGGAUGGAUCGGCUGCGCCCGUCAAAACGGCCCCUGCCCCACCGGGACCCAACCCGGUGGUGGUUGUCCUGCAGCAAGUGUUUGCCCUCAUCCAGACCGUACUGGGCAAGUGGCUGAACGACUCACAGGUGGUCGAGGCGGUGUGCGCCAUCUUUGAGAAGUCGGUCAAGACGCUGCUGCACAACUUUGCCCCCAUGGUCUCGCAGCUGAGCCAAAUGCUGGGACAGAUGUACAGCACCAUCCCCCAAGCCUCGGCCCUCGACCUCACACGACAGCUUGUCCACAUCUUCGCCAGCCAGACGGAGCAUUUCCCUCCCAUCAAGGCUCUGUUUGAGCUUGUUACCUCUGUAACGCUGUCCAUCUUCCAGCAAGGACCCAGGGAUCAUCCUGAUAUUGUUGAUUCAUUUAUGCAACUCCAAGCUCAGGCUCUCAAACGGAAGCCCGAUUUGUACUCGUCUGAGAGUCUCGACGUAAAAGCCGUAUACCACUGUGGGCUGCUAUCGCUUAAGUUUCCCGAGGGUCCGACCGUCAAGUCGACAUGUUUCUUCUUUACUGAACUGUUGCCCCGCCAUUUAGACGUGCCCCCGGUUGCCAGGCUACUGCAGGAGGAUGGCAAGCUCCUGAUCCAGGCUCUUUUGGAGGGUAUCGGCGGCGGGGCGUCUCGGAACCUGAUGGACCAUUUUGCGGAGGUGCUGUUCAGUCUGAACAAGCACUGCUUCUCGCUCCUGGCCAUGUGGCUAAAGGUGUUGCUGCAACCGCCAGGCUUCCCGUCGUCGCGAGUCACGACGCAGCAGAAGGACCAUUUCUCCCAGCAGAUACUCAGAGAGCGAGUGAUCAAGCGACGGGUGAAGGAAAUCGUCAAGGAGUUUACACUGCUUUGCCGAGGCCUCCACGGCACCGAGUACGCCGCUGAGUACUGAGCACCGACGUCGGAGGGGGAAAAGCAAAAACCCCAGCAGGUGACACAGCCGGCAAGCAACCUGUGAUGGCGGGACAAGACGUGGGACUCCUUUUAAUGGACAAACACCCUUGUGGCUUUUAGGGAGGUUCUCUCCGCCCCCUCCUCCCCCCUCCCAUCCUCCUUCAGCUUCCCAGCAUGCUGCCUCGUGUCCCCUCCAACUUCCUUUCACUGCAAGAUCCCUCAAAAUGGGAAAAAAAAGAAUCAAUUUGGGGGUUGUAGGGGUCUCGUUCAGCCUUCUCUCGAUCUUCCCGUGGUUUCCUGGUGAUUAUCCAUGUGACAUGAAAAUGGUAUGGUAACGUAGCCACUAGACGUACUCAUUCAGGAUGACUUAUACAUGAAUAUACGCAUAUAAUAGAUAUAUAUUUAUAUCGAGAGAGGAAGUCGUGCUGCUACUGGGGAGGAACUGGUGUAAAUGUCAUGGGGGGGAAUUCUGAAUCACCCGAUGUUACCUGUUCUUGCUAAAUGAUCGUGUGAGUAUGUUCCACGCGAGAAUGUGUUUGAAACUAAAGGACGAGCCAGGAACGAGGUGGGGCCUGGGGUGGGGAAGCUACAAGGGCCUGAUGAAUCAUCAUUUGUUAUUUUUUCGCUUAAUAAAGCUCUCGGAGGAUAACAAGUUGUCCCUAAAGUCUGGACACGGGCAAGAUAAAAAAAGUUUGGCGGACACGUUGUUGUCCUGUCCGCCAAGUUCUGAGAUUCAGACCUUGAAUCUGGGCUCAAGCCUUAUGUGUGAAAUGUUGCAUGUCUUCCGACUGCCUCCCACAUGCCAAAAACGUGUGUGUCAGGUUAAUUCCAGGCUCUAAAUCGUCAAUGUCGUGAUUGUUUUCUUUUAUCGAUCUGUACCCUGCCGUUUAUUGCCGACCAAUCCAGGGUGGAACCCGCCUCACUCAUCAAAAGGUAGUUUUGGUCAAUUGAAGACUUAAUUGUCCAUAACUCUGCGUGUGACAAAUAAGUUGAUGAAUUAAAUUUCUAUCCAAUUGAAAUAACAUUUCCAACAACACGAAUGCCACAUUUGAGCUGUCGGCGGCCCGUAUGUCCAGAUUUUAGGGCUACCAUGGACAACGGUUUCCCCACCCCUGUACCAGUUAUAAAAAUAAUCAAAAUUGUGCAUAUUAUUAGUCAUUUAUGCUCCGUAUUUUGAGUGUGCGUGUUCAUAGCUGCAUCUUUAGCGCCCCCGUCCACCGCACUUAUAUUGGACCUACAAGUACAUCAACAUAACCUCCUCAUCUUUCACUCCACUAAAAAAAAAAAAAAAAGAAAGACACUUGUUCAAGUCUCACAUCUUCUCACCAGACCAUCAUGGAACAGACGCCCCAAAAAUCGGGAGCGGUCGCCUCAACGGAAGAUCCAACGGGAUUAGAGCGCGAAAAUACCGACAAAGGGGACCAUCAGCAGCAGCAGCAGCAGCAUUCAAAUGUAUCUACUCCCAUGCACACUCUAAUCCUGCUGUUUUAUCCGAGGUGCCUGCAGACAUGUAGCAUGUGUUUAUGUUUAGUAAGGGAAGGUACGGAGGCUUUAGGGGCUAUUGACCUCUUCUGGAUUUGGAAAGUCUAAGGAGUUUGGAUUUGAACGGUGACAGACUGGAUGUGUGAAUGUGUGAGGGGAAAGAAGUUAAAAGAUGAUGGUGGAGAAUCAAGGGGAGUGUUUGAAAUGUACAUUGUUUUUUGUACCUUGGCUUUAAUUUAUUAAAUAUAUCUAAGACUGCA